ACUUAUUACGGUAGUCAUUUUUAUUUAAUUCAAUUGAAUUUUUAUUGAUUUUAAUUAAUUCAUUAUAUUCAUAUAUCAUUUUUGUUAUCUAAAUAUUGUUCUAUUCUAGUAUCGAAAAAAUCUUCGAAAGGAUAAGCUAAUCAGUAUAGAUUAAUGAUCGCAUGAAUAUUCGAGAUUAGAAAAUACAACAAAACAAAAAAGAAAAAGAAAACAUCAUUAUCAAUUAUUUUGCUCAUUUAUUUUCAGUUCAUAUAUAUAUAUACAAUAUUUCUUGAUAGAUAAUAUCAACGUUUGUGCAUGUUUAUUGAUUUGCUCUUAUUCUUCGAAAGAUGCAUGAUACUUCUUAACUUUAACAUAGAUUCUGCUCAAUCUUUUAUUCCUGCUCAUCUGCUUAUCAUAGGUUGUUUUUUUUAGAUAGAAAGUUUUUCCAGUUAAAGAAGGAAAAAAAAGGACAAAUUUGAAAAUUCCCUAGUUGGUUUUUUUUUCUUAUAUUUAUAAUAAAAUCAUCUUUUUUUUUUUAAUUUUUGAUAGUUAUUGGUUCGUUAUAAUGAACUUGAUCAUGCAUUGGAUGAUGUAAGUAUUUCAAUAAAAUCAAUUCGUACACUUCAACAACAACCAACAGAUGAACUUAAUCAAUUUAUUUUACAAUGUCAAAGUAAAGAUCGUGAACUUACACAACAUCGACAUGAAUUACAACGUUUACGACAAAGAAUAAGAGAAAUAUCUCCUGAACUACAUCCUGAUGAUAUAGAUCAAUUAAUGCAAAAAUUGAAUGUACUUGAAAUUCAAUGGACUGAUGCUGAACGUAUUAUAAGAACAUUAAUUGAUAAUUUAACAAAAAAACGUUCAGAAUAUCAUGAUUUUGAAAAUAAAUGUAAACGUCUUAUUGAAUGGUUUGAACAUUUUCUUAAUACUGAAAUCAAUCAUCGUAUUGAUGGUUUAACACUUGAAGCAAGUCUUGAUAUAUUAAAAACUGAAAUACGAAAUUUAAUUAGUGAUAAACGAAGAUCUGUUAAUGAUUUAGUUAUAGCAGCACGUGUUUUACAAAGACAUAUAACUGAUCAAUUACAAUUACAAACAUUAAAACAACAAAUUGAUCGAUUAGAACAAAUACUUAAUAGAACAGAAAAACAUGUUGAAAAACGAAUUAAAAAGACUGAAAUAGUUCUUAAAAUGUUUCAUGAUUUUGAACAAGGUUUAGAAAAUCUUCGUUCAUGGAUGAUGGAUACUAUUGAAACAAAUUUACAAAAAUCAUUAUCAAUAAAUACAUUAAAUUCAAAUGAAUUACGUGCUCAUCAACAAUCUAUUAUUACAAUCGAAGGAGAUAUUGAAAAACAUACUACUAUUGUUAGUAGUGUUCUAGCACUUGGUCAUUAUUUAUUAAGUGAAAUUGAUAUUCGUUCACGAAAUAUUAAUUCAAUACCACGAACAAUUCAAUCAAUUGAACAACGUUGGACAUCAUUGAAAGAUUUAAUACGAAAAAGAAAAGUUGAAUUGGAUACACAACAUGUAUCAUGGAAAAAUGUUGAAGAUGCAAUAAAACGUGCAUCAAAAAUGAUUACUGAUCAUGAACGAUUUCUUAAUGAAGUUAAAAGAACAUGUGGACAAGGUUUACAAGGUGUUAAAAAUGAAUACAAAACUCUUGAGAAUUUUAAACGAACAUUAGAUAAUGAUGAAAAAGAUAUUCAACAAAUUACAGAUAAUUAUUCAGAAAUUAUUCGAAAUCAUCCAACAGCAGAUUCUACAGGAGAAAUUCGUUCAAAAAUUAAAGAAAUUAAUACUCGUUGGGAAAUAUUAAUUGGAACAGUACAUCAAACAAUGAAAAAUCUUAAAUAUAUGUUAAGUGUACAUGGUGAUUUUCAAUUAA